GGCUACCAGACAAGAAGAGGCAGUAGAUUUAAGGUCAACAUUUAGUGUCCAUCUUUCUCGGGAUCUUGGUAUCCUUUUCCCUUGUUUUCUCAUGAAAUACAAGGCGCAAGGGGUCAAGAUGAGCGGACCAGGAUGGGCGAAAGCUUCCUCUAAUGUCAGACCAAGCAGCAGCAGCAGCAGGAGCAGACUUCAUAUUAGGAGAUUGAUGAGCUGCAAAUCGUGCAGUAGCCACUAUGUGAGUAUGAUGGACCUGAUGAUUGUUAUGUCCUCACGAUGAACUUGGUGUUGGUCGUUAAAUAAUGUCUAUAUCAUCCAACAAGAUCGUUGAAAAGUAGAAGAAUCUAGAAGUACUUGCAGAUGGUUCUUGCUGAUACAGAUGCACUAUAAGUAAAAAAAAAUAUUUUUAGCCGAUAAUUCUUUGAUUGAUUAUAUCCCGUCUACUUGAUGUUGUUAUUCGUUCAUAAACAUAAUUUUCACUUCAUGUUGUAGGUCUUCAUCGUCUAGUGGAAACAUUGAAAAAGAUGAAGGCCCUAGUUAGUUUGGAGGUCGUUUUCCUUUCGCAAAAAUGGGGCGAGCUGCGAGAAGUACUAAGUGAGAUCAUCAACAAAUGAACAAGAAUCUAAUGGAGUUAUGUCGUAGCAUAGGAAAUGAUAGUUGGCUUCCCUUCCGGAGGGGUUACAUUGUCGAGUAUGUAGAAACGAGAGACGAGUGAACGGGUACCUUAGGAUUAAGUUGUUUAUUUAAGUAGACAAAACCGAAUAUUCGAUGCACUAACUUCUACAUUAAUGUUUUAUUGAUGUUGUGCAAAAUGGAGAGAUUGAAUAUCACCAUGAAGCAUUAUCACGUAGCUGCGUAAGGUAACUUGAGCGAGCAUUCAACAAGCUAAGAUGAAAAGAUCUGUCCUGUGAGGAUCCUUCUGGUUUAGUCUCUUUUUGAGAGCAAAGCGCGUCAAAAAUAUUGUAGCAACUAGGUUUAUUUGCCCGCCUGCGAUUUGCCAUUGCUGUUGCCCGCCUGCGAUGUGCUGCAACGGUUACCAGACAGCAAGCGGCUAGCACGAACACGCCUAGCCUAUAGUAUAAUAUAGAACCGGACAGGGGCGAUUUUCAACCUGCCUGGAGCAAGGUUUCUGAAGCAGCCUGCCCAGGGCAAGACUUCUGAAACAGCCCCGCCCGAACGACCACAGACACCCUGUUAAUAGCCCUCCGCAAAGCUGGGGCUGGCGCUAUCCAUGGGUAAAAAUGACUAACAGCGGGAAUCUGCGGCGACGAGACCUGCGACGCCAUUCACUGACCGCAGCACCGCUACAAAAGUAAAUGCACGCUAAGCCCGCCCGCCUGCCCAGAGAAUGAUCAACGUAGGAGCAAGUUCUUGCCUGACGCGUGGAUGAAACAAAAGACGCGCGCUCUAUUUUGCAAUUGUUCCUCGCGAUAACUUCGUAGUAGUUGAAUCUAUUUUUGAACGAGUGGUGUUGACAAAAGCACGUUUAUUAAAUCCUGGCAAGCGUUAUUUCAUCUAGUCUUUUUGGUGUAGAAGUAUUCAUCUUGAGGUAUGAACUAUAAUACGGCGCUCUCCACAGGUCUUCUCAUCAGUGAGAUUCCACCUUCAUGUCUCAUUUUCGAUUUCUACCCGUGCGGAAAGUGCCAUGCUAAUAGCAGCGUUUUGUAUUUGUAAGUUCGCUGAUUUUGAUUUUGGAAUCGCGCCACGGUUCUUCAUCACUUCUACAAGCUUUAGUAACUCGGUAAUACAUUGAAAUAUCAAAAAUUAGUUUUAUUAUUUUUUUCAACCUCUAUCUAUGACUAUGUCUAUCUCAAUACAGUCGUAAUACUAAUAGUGUUGUUUUAGUAUUUACUGAGUGGACCACGUGGACGACGAGGUUCUCCUCCCCAAAGCUAGAAAACAAAGAUGCCGAAAAUGGAUUGCGUAGAUUGCGGGAAAGGAAUUUCCGGCACAUAUUUUGACACUGACAAUGGUCCCCAGUGCCAGGCGUGUGCGGAAAAAAGUGCUGGAGUGUGCGUUGUCUGUAACAAGACCAUGCUCGACGGGGGUCCCGGCUUGACGAUCGGCGGUGGCCUGUCCGUGCAUCAGUCCUGUUUUCAGUGCUGCGAGUGCAAGGAGGGGAUUGAAGGAGGCUUUAUGGAAAAGCGGAAGUUGUUGACAGACAAAGAGAAGGAUCCUAGGUGGAACACGACGAAGGAGACUGAUUGGAUGUGUGGAGCUUGUGCUGACAAAUUCCAGAGAGAUGAAUGGGAGAAGAAACAUCCUCCGAAAGGUGGUUCGAAAGCGGCUAAUAAAGGAGGACCUGGUGCUAAAGCAGCAGAUGAUGCCUGCACGUUUUGCGGAAAAGCCCUCGAGCCAGGUCAGAAAAUUGGGAAAUUGGGAGAUGGAAGUAAGUUCCACUCGGAUUGCUUCCGCUGUAAAACCUGCGAUGAGCCGAUCAAGGGUCAGUUCAUCAAGGGCGCUGACGGGGGGAUCACGUGCACGAACUGCAUUCCGAAAUGCGCAGGUUGUGGCGGCAAACUUUCCGGUCAGAUCAUGACAGCUGGCGGCCGUCAGUACCAUAAAGCUGGUCCAGACGGCCAUUGCUGCUUCAAGUGCUCCCACUGCACGCAACCUCUUGACCACGGUUUCUACCCCGAUCCGGCAGCCAAAGCCCGUGGCGAGAGUGACAUCAAGGACAUGGUGUGCGAAGGCUGCUACGCGGAAAUCACCGAGAACGUCGCCAACGCCAAGCACAAAGAAGCUGAGGCCAAAGAGCUCAAGGAGACUGCCGAGAUCGAGCGCGGUCACGCCUGCGUCUGGUCCGAUGCUUACCGUGGUCGAGCCGAAGACACUCUCCACUUAUUCGACUCCAAUGACAAGGAAGAUUUGAAAAAAGACCCAGAGCAUCUCUGUCUGUUCCUAGACGAAGAUUCGCAUCUCCACGUGGGAAAAGCGCACGACCCGAAGCACAGCAUCAAUUUGGAAUACUUGGUGGAGGCGUGCAAGAUGAUCGAGCUGAAUCAUGGGCAAGAACCGGUUUUUUCCUUAGAUCCCGCGGAUCCGCAUGAUUUGGGAGGUGCGGAACAAAAGAAACGCUUUAUCCCUGAUGAGAUGUGCGACGGACCCUUGGGAGAGGUAAAAAUUCCACUUGUUCACUUCCUCGUCAUUGUGGAGUUUCGCGAUCUCAAACUUCAUUCAUGUUCCAACCUUUUCACUGUCAGUUAGUUGCACUACUACAUUCUUUAGUUACAGUUCUUGCACAAUUUUCGACUUACUCGAAAACUGAAAAUGACCGAGUUACUGACUGAAAUAAGGGAGGUAGCUUUGACAGGGCUAGUCUUCCUUGUUCAGUAUCUCGCUUAUUUUCAGUAGUUACUCGCUUAUUUCAGUUUUUCGAAUAUAAGUAUCCGCAACCUACUUGUUGUACUUGAUGUUGUUGAUGAAACGAUAUCUUCACACCUCACAACACCUCCAGGUGAUGUUCCAAGCCGACUACUUUCUGAAGAAGUUUUCUUUCGGCGAUGCUCCAGUCGAAGGCGUCAAGUUCGACUCCUUGUUCGAGACCGAUCACAGCUCCACUGGUGCUCGACAAUGGUUCAUUAUUGACUCUGGCAGUGUGACACUUUCGAAAGAUCGAGUGCUGAUCGUGGACGUGAAGAUGAAGGUCGAUGCCCGACGCUUAGAGAUGGGUCCAGAUGGCUACCGCGAUGCCCCUACCACUGACGAAAGCGAUCCUGCAAUGCAGCACGCUAGGAAUUUCUCAGCCAACAUGCAGAAGUUGCGGGAAAAAGUUGCUUCGGUUCAUGAGCUGUUCGAAUGCGCCAAGGCUUUGACUCUAGCCAAAUGGUUAAUCAAGAAGCAGAAACUGCACAUCAACAAGGAAGACGUCUUGAAAUAUCAGCCGAGAUCGAUCGUGCACGAGAUGAACAUGGUCAAGAAGACGACCUGCAAAUCCGCAGAAGGCAGAAAGCCAUUCGCUAACGGUUAUCCAAGGUUGAUCCCGACGCUGCGCAAGGAGCAGAAGAGAACCAACGUGCACCACAAGGAGAAGGGUGGCGGCAUCGAGAUCGAGGAGCACACGCAGUCCAUGUACGGCGGAGUCGAUCUAGGCGUGCCGGUUGAGAAAAUCGAGGAGAAACCGCCAUUGCCGAUUCCGGUUGCGGAUCCAGAAGUCAAGCCACAGAGUUUUCCAGUGUUGCAACCGAUUGGGGCAUAUAUGGGAACAAAGGCGAAGGCUAAAGCUUUGGACUUAGACCAAUACGACUCCAUGAAGAACCAUAGUGAUUUCAUGCACGCGCACAAGAGCCACGAACAUAACAAACCCGUAGCUCGGUUGUCGGCUGCUAUGCAAGAGCAAGACCGCAGAUCCGGAGGUUCUACUUCACAAGCGGAAAGAAUGAGUGGAGGAUCAACAGGGUCACAAGCGGAAAUAAGAAUGAGUGGAAUGAGUAAUGCUAGUGGAGGAGGUGCAGCACCAGCAGACGAGGAACGAAUUCCGUCUUCAAAAGCUAGUGCUGCAGGAAAUGCUAAUCUUCCAAGUUCAACGCAUUCACCUGGUCCACAGGCGAACAUAAGAAGUACAGGAGGCAGUAGAGGACCUUCAUCAGGAGGUUCAGCUCCCGCAUCUUCUGCUGGAGCAGAACAACAAAUGAGAUCUUCAGCAGGAGGAACAAGGGGAGGUUCUCGUGAAACUGCGAAUAAAACGUCUACUGGUAGUACCGCUAGUGCGGGGAAAAAACCUAGUGUUCCUGAUGGAAGAGGAACGUUUCAACCACCAUCACGUGCCGCAGGUGGGUCGGGAGGGGUUGUUCCAUCUAGUGUUUCUGAUGGAAGAGGAACGUUCCAACCUCCACCUUCACGUUCUGUAGGUGGGUCGGGAGGGGUUCCACCUAGUGUUUCUGAUGGAAGAGGAACGUUCCAACCUCCACCAUCACGUACCGCAGGUGGGUCGGGAGGGGUUCCACCUAGUGUUUCUGAUGGAAGAGGAACGUUCCAACCUCCACCAUCACGUACCGCAGGUGGGUCGGGAGGGGUUCCACCUAGUGUUUCUGAUGGAAGAGGAACGUUCCAACCUCCACCAUCACGUGCCGCAGGUGGGUCGGGAGGGGUUCUUCCAGAGACAAAGCGAGGCACCAGACGAACAGACCAGUCAUUAGCAGGAUAUAA